AUGGCUGUUACAGCCAAUGUGUGUCCAAAUGGUCCCCAAACCGCUGGAUCACCUCUCUCUAGAAGUUUCGGAAUGACAGGAUUUAAUGAUGUUAUCUUUUUCGAUAUUUUGGAAGACCAGGAUAACGAAUUACUCUAUUUUGUUGGAUAUUUUCAUAAAUCCCCUCAACUUGGAACAACCCUCUACAAGUCUGACCCUGAGCUGACCAAACUCAGAGUGAUGACUUAUGAUAUUUACUGCCUCCAACGUUCCUACGCCAUGUCUCUAAACAAUGAUUCCAUCUACGUUCUAGACAGAGUAAUAAAUAAAAUCAUUGAGAUCCAGACUUCAGAUUUGACGUUCUCCAGAGAGUUGGCAAUUAUAACUAGUCCUGCUUCGGUUGGUGAAAAUUCAAAUAUGGAAAUAAGUAAAGGGUUUUAUUUUAGUCUCAGAAUUAGCUCAAUAAUGCAGACUUGUAGAUGGGAUAAUGCAACUACUAAUAUCGACUGAUUUACUUUUGGAGUUGAUAGUCCAACUAAUUUUGCUCCGAUUAGCUCUGAAUUGUUGUUCUUUGGAUCCAUUGACACAGCGGCUGACCAAUACUACCUGGUGAAUUACAACUUCUCCUCCUCUAGCCUGGUCUGGAAGAAGAGCAUUGGAUGUCCAGGUUCAAGUUGAAUAAGCAAGAGAUGAAGAGUGGAUUUACACAAUGAUACUUUUUGAUGAAAAUUUCAUUUUUGAAAAAAGAUAAGUGUGGUUGAUGGAAGUCCACAACUCUCUGGGCUAGUUUGGAACGAUAGUGAAUACUCAACCAGUUACUGAAUGAAAGAGUUUACUAAUUUUAUCGCCAUCCAAAUUUUAACUUACUCAUCACCAAAUAUUAAAAGGUUAAUUUUAGUAAACUCCUCGAUGACUCAAAUUGUGAAUGAAUACCAAUCUGUAGACUCUAGAGCUUAUGCGGUUGGAAGGCUUUUGUACAAAGAUGAGGAACUGAUGUAUCAUUCCGGAAUAAUAGACACUAACAAAACAUUUUUCCUUGCGAGAUCACCUAUAAACAACAUUGAUCAGCUUCAUGAGUUUCAAGAGGAUACUCCUUUCUUCAGCCCAAUUACAGCAAACUAUCAGGUGUCAUCAACUACAUCAAUUCCAAGUAUAAGUAAUAGCAUAAAGACUCUCUCUAUCACUACCUCAUCAUCCAUAACGGUUACUGAUAUCACUUCAACGACCAGCCCUUCAUUAACUACGUACGUGGCUUUGUGGAACCAAGACCACAUUCAAUCUGUCCAGAGCAACACAUCAGCACAACUGGACUUUACUUGGGCUUGAGCUCCAUCAAGUAAUUACACUGAAAUCAGUUUCAAUCUGGCUCAGACCGGGCCCAAUCCAAUCCCAGAUUGGGUGAAACUGGAUGCAGACAAUCAAGAGUUGCAUCUUAAUAUCACUCCAAAACUGGAUGCAAAACAAGUCUUUUUCUUUUCUCUCCAAAUCUCAUUCGACAGUGAAGUGCAUUAUAAAAAGUUUGAAAUCACUGUGGAAGAGUGAAAAAUCAAGCAUUGCGAGCUCUGAAAACUAGGAAAUUCUAAUAUUUGAGAAACUUGAGCAGAUGGAUAUCAAAGCUCGUCUGAACAGGAAUCGUGCUCUAAAAUAGCUGCCAUGACUGGAGCAACUAAAGCUACGGCUGCUAUGGUGACAUCAAGCGUCAUACUUGCAAGUGCUUCGUCAGUGUUGUCAUUGUCAUCUAUCAACUCAAUAUUUAGUAUUAUGAAUAGUAUGCAGCUAGCAACACUAUUGCCUCUAAUCCCUGAAUACUUUUCACCAAAAGUUCUAGAUUUCUUGAGCGGAAUGGGAUUUACAAUGCUAUCAUUCGAUUUCAUAAAGUUCAAGGAUCUUCCAUUUGUAGAAGAUCUCACAAAUUGGGUGUCAUAUCCCCAAUCAGACGAGUACCUCAACAGUCUUGGAAUGAGGUCUGGGAGCUCUGUUGUGAACUAUUUGUCACUCAUGGUCAUUCUGAUUCUUAUUGGGGUCUUUCAUUUCGGAAUAUAUCUGUGAAGUAUGUGAGCACAAAACUCGAAAAGCAAAAGAUGCAAGAGAUUUUUCAAGAAGUUGUUCAGAUUCUGCACAUUUAAUGUAUACAUAAGAAUAUUCAUGCAAGCAUUUGCAUUUACAACACUGUCAAUAUUCUCUGAGCUCUACAACAUCAACUUAGCUACAACUGUGACCAAAAUAUCCUUAGGACUGUGAGUAAUAUUCGCUAUAUGCACAAGUGUGCUAUUUAUUUUGUCCUUUUACAUGUACUGAAAAUCAUUCCCACAAAUUGAUCAAGAAAAGUAUUGGCCAUGAGUUGAAUACUUUAAUGGAGUUAAGCCAACUAAAUGCUCCAAACUCUAUUCUAGUCUGUUUAUGCUGAUGAGAUUAUUGAUGACGUCAUUACUUAUAUUUGGCCAAACUGCCCUUUCGCAUGAAAAAGCCAUCUACUUUUACUUGCUAAACAUUGCUUACUGAAUUUACUUGAUAAUUGUCAGACCAUUCGAGAACCCACAGGACAAUAUCAUUGAGAUUAUUAAUCAAACACUGUUUUGAUGUCUGGCAGUCCCGUUAUCAUGGCUUAAUACAAAACAAGCCUGGACCCCAUUCUAUGAAAGCUAUUACACAACAAUACUCAUGGUGUCUCCAGCUAUUGGAAGCUUAAUAUGCCUUGGUUUUUUGAUUAAAUCAAUAGUGGUAUAUAUAAAAAACAGGAAAGCCAAGAAAAAAAAGCAAAAUGUAGCUCCCAAAGAGCGUUCCUCUCGUAAUAGAGCACCCCAGAACCAAGAAUAUCCUCGGCCAAGGCCCUCCCCUUACAUCAACAACCAGACCUCUAGCAUGAGCAGAAGCAAUGCUUUAAUUGUACCUCCUCGCGCUACUCAAAGAAGACCUUAUGACAGAUAUCAUCCUGGCAGAAUUCCAAUGAGAAGGAAACUGAAUUAACACAGAUAAUUAUUUUAACAAUCUCUCAACUGU